CAACGAUUUUUUUUUUUACACGCCUAAGGCCAAUUUUCCCCUCUGAGAUAUAUGUGUGGGUGUGUGAGGAGACGGGAGAGUAGGAGUAUCCGGUGUGCUCAGGAGAAAAAGUGGGAAUGGAGUGCUGCGAGAGUAGUAAGGGGAUUCCGCUCUGAACAAGGGAAGUGCGGCUGGGACUUAUCUAAGGGAGAAGAUGUUGGAGAGAAAUUAACGGAUGUAUUGAUUUCUUAAAAUUAAGUUUUGGAGUGGAAGCUACAUAAAAUAUAAAUAAAGAUGUUUGCGGUGUUGCCAUGGACGUAAAAAGCCCUUCCUUUCAUAAGGACGCAACAGCAGGCUUAGUUCCUAGUGGCGCAAAUGGAAACCCCUCAAGCCAAAUGCCAGCAAAAUCAGGAGAUUCAUAUAGAUUGCAACGUGCAAGACCAGAGAAAGUGCGUGCUUACUCUGUGCCUCCCCUCUCUGGACGAGAAGGAUCCCUUGUUCUUAGAGAAGAAG